ACGUUAGUGAAACAAAGUCUUUGCUCGUUCCGUUCGCAGCUCUCCCAUAUAAAACAAUUGUGUGUGUGUGUGGUUGUUGAUAACAAACUCCAAUGUGGAACUAUUUGUUUGGAGGAAGCGCUUCGUCCAAAGAUGCGCCAAAGAAGGCGAUAAUCGGUCUCAGAGAACAGAUCAACAUGCUUACCAAGAAGCAGAACCACCUUUAUACACAGAUUGAUGAGCAAGAUGCGCUCGCUAGGAAGUUCAUCUCAUCUGAUAAGACCAAGGCCAGAAACGCCCUCAAGCGUAAGAAGCUGUUGGAUAGUGAAGCGAUGAAGAUCACGUCGCAAAUAGAGGCAUUGGAGAAUCAACUCCGCUCCAUAGAAUCUGCAAACUUGAACUUGGAAACCAUGAAGGCCAUGAAGGCUGGUGCAAGCGCCAUGAAACAGAUACAUGGCGGUAUCACCGUUGAUAAGGUUGACCAAACCAUGGACGACAUUAGAGAACAGGCUGAGAUUAGUGAGGAGAUUAGUGAGGCUAUCUCUAGAUCCUAUCCAACUGAUGGUAUCGAUGAGGAUGAGUUGGAGGAUGAGCUAGAAGCCUUGGAACAAGAACAGUUGGAUGACAAGUUGUUGAAUAGCGGCACAAAGACAUCGGCUGCUCCUGUAAGCUUACCAGAUGCACCAAACACAAGCAUUAGAGAGGAUAAGCAUGAGGCUGUAGAGGAAGAGGAUGAAGACGAGAAGGCUUUGAAGGCCUUACAGGCGGAAAUGGGCCUUUGAUGUCAAUCUCUACACCAGGUCCCCCGACCUUGUUGUUGAUGAUAUUUUUUGUUUUGAUUUCGAACUAAUUAGUUUAUUCAUUGUUCUUAUAAUGUGGCGUACUGUCUUGCUUACGAUUGUAGUAGUGAAAUAGUGAACUACAGUACUAGU